AUGCCGUCCAGCGGCGGUCUGUGCCUUGUCGACGGCUUCUCCACGCCCUUCACGCCGCGUGAAACUCCCAACCGAGCCGCGAUUUGUUCCCCGUUUCACUUCGUCCCGACUCCCUCUUCCCAUCCCAGCCCACUCUCGGUAGAACACAAGCAGAACCGCUCGGCAUUGUCACCUCAAAAGACGCCAGGAGUACGGGCCGUCGCGGCGCGAACGACCGCCGUGCGAGGGACCGCGCAAGAAAGCGCACGCGGAGCCGCCACGCAAUCCGGUGCAUGCGCGGAAAACGGCUUGCGCCCCGCCGCAGCGGGAGGAGAUCUUGCGACGGCGUGCGCGGCAGCGCCGGGGGCAAUCGCCAUGGCGGAGAUGUGCUCAGGGGGUAUCGAGGCGCGUUCAGCGCCGAUUGCGGAGCUGCUUCAUUUCCCGCUGCUGUCGCAGUCGUGGUCGCCGGAGGAAGAUCGCGAGCUGCAGCGAGCAUUGGCGAGGCAUGCAGAUAGCAACUCGUCUCCGUUACAGAAGUACCUGCUAGUGGCCGCGUGUCUGCCGAGCAAGACGGCUAGAGAUGUGGCGAUUCGCUGCAGAUGGCGCGACAAGGUAUAA